AUGUCAGCAUCUACCAUUCUCACAGCGGCCGCCAAGACGGCGUCCAAGACCACAGUGCGGCGUGCCGCUCGUCGUUCCAUGGCAACUUCUACCAGAGCAGUCAAGAAAUCGGCCGUUGGGGUGAUCGUACAAGCCACCAAUAUGCCAUUAUCCAAUAUAAUGCCUUCCUUUGGAUCGCCCUUACCAUCCAGUGGGACCAGCAGCAGCAGCAGAAACAACAGUCGCAAGGAACUCCAAAAGCUAUCAGGUUUGGCAUCUGCCAUGUCAAGGAGUAGUUUAGACGACGAUACUUCUCCUUCUUCUUCUCGACGAUCACUGAUAGAUGAAACAGGCCAAGUGAACAUGUUUGAAUUGCAACGCUUGGCGUCACUGUCACCGACGUCGUUGAAAUUGGGUGACAUGUACAAGUACGCUGCUAGUGCCGAUCUAGAACAACGGUUACGAAAUGCCCAAUUCCUGCAUCGAGAAUUGCCCAUUCGAUUGGCACAACGAGCGUAUGAUCUUUUGUCGUUGCCACACGGUCUCUCCAGCGAAUCGACACCGAUUCGUCAAGUGGCACAAAUGUACGUACAGUACAUUCAACAAUUCCUAGAAUUUCCCUUCCCGCAAACCAAUUCGCAAGAAGAAGGCUUUACCGAACAAUUGCAAGGCAUGGUCAUGGAUCGAACAUCGAUUCCCACCACCAUUGCACAAGGAUUGAUGGAAUGGCUCGACGAUGAUCGACGGGAAGACUUUGAAUUAGGGCGACAACAAGAAAUGGAAGAUGCCCUCGUCAGAUUCUUUACCGCUCGUGUCGGACUCCGAUUCCUCGCGGAGCAUCACAUUCUCAGCAGUCCAAGUCAACGAGGAGGAGACAAAUUGCGAGAAGCACAGACCGCAAUAUCGCCCUCGGAGGUAGGAGCCAAGGAUCGAGGGUGUAUUCAACACGAUUGCAAUCCCGUUCAGGAAUGUGAAAAGGUGGCACAAGAAGUCGCCCGACAGACGUACGAUUGUUAUGGAAUUUGUCCAGAAAUUGAAAUUGUCGAUCGACAGUCGGACAAUGCACAAGUCUUCACCUAUGUGCCACAUCAUUUACAUUACAUGUUGGCCGAGUUGCUCAAGAAUUCGUGUCGGGUGUCUGUGGAGCGGUAUAUGGAACAGGGUGGCAGCAACAGUACAACAGCCAAAAUUUCUCCUGUGCGAGUGGUGAUUGUCAAGGGUGCCAACGAAGUUACCAUCAAGGUGUCGGACGAAGGAGGCGGUAUUCCACGAUCCACCAUGGCUCGGAUCUUCAAGUUUACCCACUCCACAUCCCGACAAGAAUACGAAGGCAACACCGAUUUUGGUACCGUCGAAGCUGGAAUCAAGCACAUGAGAGGCUUUGGUUUGCCAUUGGCACGCAUCUAUGCGCGAUACUUUGGAGGAGAAUUGACCUUGAAGAGCAUGGAGGGAUACGGAUUGGAUGCCUACCUGUAUCUGCCUCGAUUGGGAGAUGCCUGCGAGAAUUUGCCACGACGUGUCAUUGCCAGUCCGGGAGAACAAGUGUCCUUGCCAGCACCCAAGAGGAUCAACAAGAGUGGUACGCGGGCAUUCAGUACAUUGGCUCCCAAUCGACAAUCUGCCAAUGAGCCGUGGGUGGUCGAGUCCGAUGAGCUGGAUGAGGCUGGAUGGGAAGAAUCCAAGACCCGAAGAGUGCUGCAAAUUUUGCACUCCAGGGCGUUGUAA